AUGAGUAACUCGACGGUAUCGUCGACAAGAGGUGAUCACGGAACCGAAUCGGGCAGCCAGCCGCAAGUAGCGGUCUCCACCGAACAGAUAAAUAUUCCGCUGCACGGCGGAGAUCCAGAAAGCACCGAUUGUAGUCUAAGCACUUUAACGAGCAACGAGGACAUACGAGAUGUAAGUCAUCACGUAUUUGACGGGGUGGUCAGAAGCGUUUUGAGCAAUGCCCACCAUAGCUGUGAAGUCGAUCGUAUAGACUACAACUACCUCUGCUCAGCAGAUAGAAGCCCAAUCGACUCAUUGAGGUCUCUAGGACCGCCGCCGCUGUCCGGAGCUCCUCCUUCCUACUCCACGGCUAUACGAACACAGCAUUUAUUAGGUAGUUCAAAUGCAACACAUUGGAGUCCGCGACCUCUUCCCGUUGUGUGUCCGCGGUGCGCGGCGUUGGUUGUGACCGAUACCAGAUCACGCCAGGCGAUGAUAACGCACCUAUGCGCGCUAACUUUGUGCCUUUGCGGAUGUUGGCCCUGCUGUUUACUGCCAUAUUGUAUGGAUUCGUGCAAAAAUACUUAUCAUACAUGUCCUGCUUGUCAACAUUAUUUGGGAACUUAUACGCCAUGGUAG